AUGUAUCUUCAAUUGGAAAUGCCGAAUCACAAUCAUGGGAGGGUGCCCCAUGAAAAGUCUGCUAUUGACGUUGGUGAAGAUGAAGAAACCAAAAACCAACCGCUGAAUGAUACUCCUGAACUGUUCCACCUCAAUCCUCAGUUACUUGAUACCCCUACUCUUAAUGAUCCAAAUUUUGUGUGGCUGCCUCUCUUUGAUAAUAAUACUGCAGAUUAUACAACACAAGGGUUACUGCUCAACCAGGAUAUCAUACAGUAUAGCAGAUUGUUGCUGCCUAUAGGGGACUUUUCUUCUCAACCUCCUUAUUUAGUUCCUGGAAACCAAGGGAUUUCUGCAGAAACGCCAGCAAUACCAAGAGACAACUCUCUGAAAUCGCUCGUGGGAUUUGAUGAUUUAGAGAACCAAUUGAUCAAUCCAUCCCAAUUUAAAGAUGGAGAGUCGCCUCCUGAUAUUCAAGAUGACAUCUCCCGAUUUUGCCUGUCUGGACGUUCGGAUAGGAAAUCUCUGCUGAAGGAAAAGAUAUCUUUGGAACAACCAACGGGUCGCUAUCAUCGAGAUCAUCAAUUCUUAUAUUGUCAUCCUGGCAAUUAUGGUGGUGAUCCAGCUACUCCUAGUACUUCAAGUGCAUCUACUCGAAAAAUAUCCAAAUCCGUAAAUGAUGGUCUGAGCGCAGAAGGCUACUUGGAAAUAGGGAGCAUAGAUCAGACGGACGGUGGCGAAUACCUUCAAGGAAAACUUCAUUCUUCCCUGUACACGAAGCAUAGAAGAACCAAAGAACAAAUGAUAGCGGAUGGUGAUAAACCAGCCAAAAGUUUAAAGGAGAAGAAGAAAAAGAAAAAAAAGAAAAAAUAA